GCCCACAAGGCAAAGACAGGACCUCGCCGGAGCAGAAUAGUAAUCUCAUUGGGGAGAGAAAGCCUUCUCAUGUCCUCUCCGAGCAACACCCUGGUCCCUGCGAGCGCCGUGGCGCACAAGAGGAAGACCAAGAUGAAGCACUUUGUGCAGCAAAAAGUGGAGGUUUUCCGUGCCAGUCAUCCCGUGUCGAGCGUGCUUGUGUGGGGAGUCAAUCACUCGACGAACGACCUGAGCCAGGUGCCUGUACCUGUCAUGCUGCUUCCUGAUGACUUUAGAGCCAGCACCAAGGUCAAAGUCAGCAACCACCUUUUCAACAAAGAAAAUCUGCCCGGCCAGUUCAAGUUCAAAGAGUACUGCCCACAAGUCUUCAGGAACCUCCGCGAACGCUUUGGCAUCGAGGACCAAGAUUACCAGGUGUCUCUGGCUCGCAGUCCUCCGCUCAGAGACGAGGAGGCGCAACGUGAGGGCCUGCUGCUCACCUCGUACGACCGCACAUUGGUGGUCAAAGAAAUUUCCAGCGAGGAGGUGGCAGAGAUGCACAACAUCCUGUCCGAGUAUCACCAGCAUGUGGUCACUUGCCACGGCAGUACGCUGCUCCCUCAGUUCCUGGCCAUGUACAGAGUGACAGUGGAGAGUGACGACACCUACCUGCUAGUCAUGAGGAACAUGUUCAGCCACAGACUGCAUGUACACAAGAAGUAUGACCUCAAGGGCUCCCUGGUGUCUCGCGAAGCAAGUUUUAAAGAGAAGGUCAAGGAGCUGCCAACCUUUAAAGAUGUUGACUUCAUGAAUAACAUGCAAAAGAUUUAUGUGUCUGAUGAGCAGAAGGAGAGCAUCAUGGAAAAGCUGAAUAGAGACAUUGAGUUUCUGGCACGUAUGAGGAUCAUGGACUAUAGCCUUCUGCUGGGCAUCCAUGAUGUGGAGCGAGCUGAGAGGGAGGAAGAGGAAAUGGAGAUGGAGUCCUCCGAUGCUGAAGAAGAUCCAGAUGAAGGCAGCCAGGCCGUCGCUCCCGGCUCCACCUCACCCGAAGGCAUCGCUGGAUACAUGAACUCCUUUAAAGCCAUGGGCCCUGGCGAGUUUGACCCGUAUGUGGACGUCUACGCCAUAGAGAGCGCUGUAGGUGCACCGCACCGGGAAGUGUACUUCAUGGGUCUGAUUGACGUGCUGACGCAGUACGACACCAAGAAGAAAGCGGCUCACGCUGCCAAGGCUGUCAAACAUGGGGCAGGAGCCGAAAUCUCCACAGUUCAUCCAGAGCAGUACGCUAAACGCUUCCGGGAGUUCAUCACUAAGAUCUUUGCCUGAUAGUGCAAACAGUCAUCAUGCGUCCGAUUAAAUAACAUCCCUAUAGUCACCUUUACAUUACCCAUAGUAGACAUAAUAAGAGAAAACAAGACAUUUAAGACUUGCAGUGGUGUGAAGAAGUGUUUGUCCCUUCCUGAUUUCUUAUUUGUUUUGCAUGUUUGUCACACUUAAAUGUAUCAGAUCAUCAAAUAAAUUUAAAUUAGUCCAAUGACAACACAACUGAACACAAAAUGCAGCUUUUAAAUUACUCUUUUUAUUAUUAAGGGAGACAAAAAUCCAAACCUUCAUGGUCCUGUGUGAAAAAGUGACUGCCCCCCUAAACCUAAUAACUGGUUGGGCCACCCUUAGCAGCAACAACUGCAAUCAAGCGUUUGUGAUAACUUGCAAUGAGUCUCUUACAGCGCUGUGGAGGAAUUCUGGCCCACUCAUCUUUGCAGAAUUGUUGGAAUUCAGCCACACUGGAGGGUUUUCCAGCAUGAAGCGCCUUUUUAAGGUCAUGCCACAGCAUCUCAAUAGGAUUCAGGUCAGGACUUUGACUAGGCCACUCCAAAGUCUUCAUUUUGUUUUUCUUCAGCCAUUCAGAGGUGGACUUGCUGGUGUGUUUUGGAUCAUUGUCCUGCUGCACAACCCAAGUUGCUUUCAGUUUGAGGUCACCAACAGAUGGCCGAACAUUCUGCUGCAGGAAUUUUUUGGUUGACAGCAGAAUUCAUGGUUCCAUUUAUCACAGCAAGUCUUCCAGGUCCUGAAGCGGCCCCAGACCAUCACACUACCACCACCAUAUUUUACUGUUGGCAUGUUCUUUUUCUGAAAUGCAGCGUUACUUUUACGCCAGAUGAAAUGGGACACACACCUUCCAAAAAGUUCAACUUUAGUCUCAUCAGACCACAAAGUAUUUUCCCAAAGGUCUUGGGGAUCAUCAAGAUGUUUUCUGACAAAACUGAGAUGAGCCUCAAUGUUGUUUUUGUUCAGCAGUGGUUUUCAUCUUGGAACUCUGCCAUGCAGGCUGUUUUUGCCCAGUGUCUUUCUUAUGGUGGAGUCAUGAACACUGACUGACCUUAACUGAGGCAAGUGAGGCCUGCAGUUCUUUGGAUGUUGUUGUGGGGUCUUUUGUGACCUCUUGGGUGAGUCGUCGCUGCGCUCUUGGGGUCAUUUUGGUUGGCCGGCCACUCCUGGGAAGGUUCACCGCUGUUCACUGUGGUUUGCUGGAGUCCUAAACCUUUAGAAAUGGCUUUAUAACUUUUUCAGACUGAUUGAUCUCAAUUAAUCUGUUAUGUUUUAACAGAGGGGGGGCACAAUCACUUUUUCACACAUGGAGGCCUGGAUUUUUUUCUCCCCAAAUAAUGAAAAAUUUUAUUUGAAAAAAGUGCAUUUUGUGUUCAGUGGUGUUUUCAUUGACUAGUAUUUAAAUUUGUUUGUUGAUCUGAAACACUUAAGUGUGACAAACAUGCAAAAAAUUAGAAAAUGAGAAAUGAAAUAGUAUAUACAAAUAUAUGUAAUUGUGUCCUGUCAUUUAUAUUUCUGUUCAUAAAAUACAGCAAAAAUGGGCAUAUUUCACACGAAGUGGCAAAUGGUGAUUAAUCAUGAUUAAUUAAUUUGAAAAUUGUCAUUAAUUUGAUAAAAAUGUUUGAUCAUUUGAGAGCCCUAAUUUUUAUGUCAGAUUGGCUAGCGACCAGUCCAGGGUGUACACCGUCUGUCGCCCAAAGUCAGCAGGGAUAGGCUCCAGCAUGCCCCCGCGACCCUAAUGAGGAGAAGCGGCAUAGAAAUUGGAUGGAUGGUAACUUAACCAUAAAAUGGUUUGAUGGUCCCGCGACCCUAAUGAGGAUGAAGCGGUAUAGAAAAUGGAUGGAUGGAUGGAUGGUUUGAUGGUGCUAUCUGCAGGGUAAUGCAGCUAUCCAGCAGAGGGCGCUGUUUCACAAGUCAAUUCACUCUUGUCCAGACGUGAUGUUGUGUAACUGCACAUUUUGUAAGUGGAACCAGCCUGCUUCACACUGCCCACGCAGGGGCUCGAAUACCGAACCUUCGGAAUGGGAGACUAGACCGCUGACCGAUGGGCCAAUAUUUUCCCAAAUAUUUCAACUUUCUCUUUAAUAAUCUUUGUCCAUUUUCAUUUCGUGAUAUUGUGACUAUGUUCCCAUAAUAUUUUGACUUCAUUCCAAUAAUAUUAUCACUUUAUUUCCCAACUCAGUUUUCCCAAAAUUACAACUUUAUUUUGUUUAGUUAGUUUCUUAUAAUAUUAUGACUUUUAAACAAUAACAUAUAUUUUCUUUGAUAUUUCAACUCUGUGCAACUGAAAUCACAUUAUUUUGAGUUUAUGCUCAUAAAAUUGCAACUUCUUUCUUUUUUUUUUAUUUCCCUCUAAUUCAACUUUCCUCUUGUCAAUUUUCUUCUCGUAAUUAUGACUUUGCUCCCGUAAUAUUUUGACUUCAUUCUGGUAACAUUAGAACUUUUUCCACAACCAAAUUUUCCAAAAAGUACCAUUUUAUUUGUUGUUUUGUUUCUCAUUAUAUUACGACCUUUAAAAAAACCCUCAUAAACUGCGCCAUUAAAAUUAUGACGUUGCAACUUUUUUCUCUUUAUAUAUACAUUUUUUGUUUACUUGUUAAAUGAUAUCGUUAGAAUGUGCCACGGGUCAGUUAAAAAACAGCCGCGGGCCGCACUUUGGGCACCCCUGCUGUAACGUAUACCCAAGUUGACUUGAUAAUAUUGUCCCUUGUGAAGAUAUAGUGUACUGUAAUCAAUUCUGAGGGGGGGGUCCUUAUUGUGAGAUCCUGUCUAAAGAGCAGAAAAGGCUUGAAAUAGUUCAAUGGCGGCAUGAAUUCAGAACCUUAUUGUGGUUUGGUUGUGUGAUUUUACGGCAGUCAUGUCCAAUUGUUUUCCUUCUUAUUCAGAGUCAACUCCACUAAA